CCUUCCUCCUGCUGCGGCUUCCGCCCGGCUCCCUUCCACCUACUGCGGCUUCCACCAGCUGCUCCUGCUCCCCCUUUCUGACGCUGGACUCGGGGUCCGACCUCUGAAUGGGAUCUGUGGAUCUCCCCUUGGCAGGCUCCUCUGACAGGGGAACUUUUGCGGCAGUCUCGACUCUCCAGCAGCCCUGAACAGUGCACACAGCCCUCCCCCAUGCCUGGGAACAGGGGGAGGGACACAGUGCAGCAGCGUUGAAUCUGAACGAGGGGGAGCUGUGACAGAGAGAAGAGAUUUACGAGAUGACGGUUGUGUUAUUCAAAUGUGUUUCAUUAAAAAAAUUUGCUCUAAGAUUUUCCUGGGGUGAAACUGCUGAUGUAAUCUGCACAUAGCAGAAGAGAAGAAGAGAUAAAAGGAGAGAGGUUACACGAGGCACACUCACUUGGGAGUACAGUCUGAGACAUGGAGCAAGUCAUCCUUCUGGUCUUCUUGUCUUGUCUUCUCACCACAGUGCCGUCUGCAGGUCACAGUGUCCACCACUCAGAGAAGAUCCGCCAAGGGAUUAUUGGAGGUGAUGAAGCCAAACCACACUCAAGGCCUUAUAUGGCAUCCCUGACAAGUAGUGACAGUGGUGGACACUUUUGUGGUGGUUCUCUUAUUACUCCAGAGUGGGUGUUGUCUGCCGCUCACUGCCACAAAUCUUUGGGAAUCUCUCUAUACAGUAGCGAUACCACAAUUGUCCUUGGAGCUCAUGAUGUGUCUCAACCAGAACAAACACAGCAGAUCCUUGGGGUCCAAAGCUAUCACGUCCAUGCAGAGUAUGAUAACGAAGUGAUGUCUAAUGAUAUCAUGCUAUUAAAGCUGUCAUCACGAGCCCAGAUAAAUCACUAUGUUCAGACAGUUCCACUUCCCACCAGCCAGAAUGACCUACCACAGAAUACCCCCUGCAGUGUCGCUGGCUGGGGACUAAUCGAUAAGAUGCAUGACACUGACAAAUUAUUUGAAGUUAACGUGACUAUCGUGAGCCGCAGGUUGUGUCGUCGCUUCUUUCCUAUAUUGGAUGAGGGGAUGAUCUGCGCAGGAAACAUACACAAACUCAGAGACUCCAGUCAGGGAGACUCUGGGGGACCUCUUAUUUGUGGAGGGACUGUGGAAGGUGUAGUAUCAUAUGGAUUUGAUCACCCUCCUGGUGUCUACAGUAGAGUUGCAAAUUACUUGGAGUGGAUUUCAAAGACCAUCUCUGAACAUAAUGACAUGGAUAAUUAAAGCCAGUAAUUUACAGUAACUGGUAUUGUCCACUAAGGUGUGCUAUUAUUUUCCCCACACUUUGGUUAAGCCGUUAUCACAGUCAUUACAUGUAAUCUGAAAUCAGGCAUUAUCCAUAUGUAACCUGUUCUGUAAUGUACUGUGAUACAUACUCUUUCAAGCACUUUGUAAAAUGCUGCAUUUACAUAUUGAUUGGCAUCCUCAAGACAUGAAAGCAACUAUAUGCAUUAUAUCAUCACACAUCUAAAACAGCAGAAAAUCCUUGUAGAACCGGUUAUUAUAUGCAAUGAGUAAAUGGACUACAUUAAUGAA